AUGAGUGCACUUCAAGCAUUUGUCAAUAAAAAAGUUAUGAUUGUUACAUCAGAUGGCCGAAUUUUAACAGGACAUUUAACAGGAUUUGACCAAACAACAAAUCUUAUUAUUUCUGAAGUUGAUGAAAAGCUAUUUUCCAUGGAAGGGACCCAAGUAACCAAAGUAGAUGGAGCAUACUUGGUUCGUGGGGACAAUAUUGCAGUAAUAGGCCUAGUAGAUUCUGAAAUUUAUGACCAGAUUGAUUGGACUCAAGUAAAAGCAGAAGGAAUUAAACCAACAAGAACAUAUUAA